AGUGCCGGGUGCCUUUCAGAAGCAGCCAGGUGGAAAGCGAGCAGGAAGGUGGCCUGAGGUGUCAGGAUUGAGCAGGGUAGCCAAGAGCUGGCAGAGUGUGAGGGAGAGGCGGCAGGAGGUCCCAUCUCCCUGCAUCACUCCUGGAGGGGUUUCAAAGGGAGGUCCCUGACUCUUCGCACAUGCACACAAACACACACACACACAUACACAGACACACACCAGUCAAGCAGUGAGCAACUGAAGCAGACAGUGAAGAAGAAAGCACAUCAAGAUUAGAGAAGGAGGCUGCGAGCAAGAAAAAGAGCACGCAAGAGCGAGAGAAUUAGCAGGACAAGACAGCAUGGAAGACGCAACCUGCUCCUGGCAUCGCUCUCAAUAACACCUUCAUCAUCAUCUCUUCCACAGCUCAAGGUGCCUGACCUCCCAGCCGUGUCCAACAAUUUUACUCCACGGGUUGGAUGCUGCCCUGAGGAGCUACUAUGGGGGAAUGGACAAUAUUGGAGAGGCUGCUGGAGGCUGCUGUACAGCAGCAUUCGACCAUGAUCGGCCGAAUCCUGCUGACAGUGGUGGUAAUCUUCCGGAUCCUCAUUGUGGCCAUUGUAGGAGAGACGGUAUAUGAAGAUGAGCAGACCAUGUUUAUGUGCAACACCUUGCAGCCCGGUUGUAAUCAGGCCUGCUAUGACAAAGCCUUCCCCAUCUCCCACAUCCGCUACUGGGUCUUCCAGAUCAUCCUGGUGUGCACCCCCAGCCUGUGCUUCAUCACCUACUCAGUCCAUCAGUCCGCCAAGCAGCGUGAUCGCAGAUAUUCCUUCCUCUAUCCUCUUCUCGAAAAGGACUUCAGUAGGCCAGAAAGCAGCAAAAAGCUAAAGAAUGUAAAUGGCAUCCUGGUGCAAAACCCAGAUGGGACAGCCAAGGAGGAACCUGACUGUUUGGAGGUAAAAGAGAUACCCAACACCCCCAUGAGGACCAGCAAGAGUACCAAGUUCCAUCGUCAGGAGGGUAUUUCCAGGUUCUAUAUCAUCCAGGUGGUUUUCAGAAAUGCUCUAGAGAUUGGCUUUCUGGCUGGCCAGUACUUUCUUUAUGGAUUCAAUGUACCUGCAAUCUUUGAGUGUGAACGUUAUCCUUGCAUGAAGGAAGUAGAGUGCUAUGUGUCACGGCCCACUGAGAAGACAGUGUUUCUGGUCUUCAUGUUUGCCGUCAGUGGUAUAUGUGUGGUCCUCAAUUUGGCAGAACUCAACCACCUGGGUUGGAGGAAGAUCAAAACAGCUAUCCGAGGGGUACAGGCACGGAGGAAAUCUAUCUGUGAGGUGCGGAAGAAAGAUGUCUCUCACUUGACGCAGGUCCCCAACUUGGGCAGAACUCAGUCCAGUGAGUCAGCAUACGUUUGACGCCAAAUUUUUCAUUUCCCGGUCCCAAAGAAGAUGGAAAAAUCCAAAAACGAGGAAACAAGUUUAUUGUUCCCAGCUGAAGGAAUUCCUCCAUGUGGAACCGAUGAAAGCAGGAGGUGGAGUGGGCUGACAUACGUGCCCAUUUAAAUUGACCUGUAGCUGAGAGGGAAGGAUAGGGGGGUCAAGGAAGAGGGCACGCUUCCACAGACACCUAAUAUCCCCAAUUUCAAACCCUUCCUCUGACCCCUCUAGAAUUGCACCUAUUCGCUGUAUGGGGUUCCCCCCACCCCAUGUGUCACUGCAAAACAGGCUGUGUGUGUUUUUUUGUUUUCUUUUUUAAACCUUAACAAAAUGCCUAAGUUGUUUUGUUUUAUAGUUGAUUUUGUAUUUUUUAACUUCUGGACUAUUUACAAUUUUUAAAAAGAAAAGGAAGCUCACCAGAGUAUUUGUAUAUUAUCAAAGUAUGAGCGGGCUUCCUUUUUUUUUCUGACUUUUCACAUGAGGGCGCUACCCUAGACUUUCCUCCCUGGUGCCGGCGUCUCAGGUUUACCACUUUUAUUUCAAAGCCAUAUAAUUAAAGAGCCGGAAAUGCACUAUUUAUCUCUUCCAAGCACCUGACAGAAUGGGUUGGCAAUGCUGGCACAAUGAGGGACAACACUGCAAAUCUGAGUGCCGUUCUCCAACCUGUUCCUCUCAAGCCCCUUUCCAGGUGCUGCCCCACCUCUGUCUUAAUUUCAGCACGUAGGCUUUCCCUGCUUCUUUCCCAGGUGCUACUUCCACCACCCCUGCCCAUUACCUGCCCACCACCAAUUCCCCAAACUGCCCUGCACCAGCAAUAACUACACCAGCCUCCAAUUGCAAUAGACCAAGAAAAGAGCACAAACCUUUGCAAAAAGGGAGAAGAAUGACACAGAGAGCUAGGGAGAAAGGGAUGGGACUUUGUAAUUAAUCUGGGAGGAUGGAUCUAGUCAUCUUAUGGACGCGCCCUCAGUGACCUUGGCUGGGGAGGUCACACCAACCUUUCUUAUAGAUGCCUUUGAAAAGCCUCAGUAAUGCUAACUCUGGCAGGUCUUUGACAUGUUUGUAACCUCUGACCAGACAGAAUCUCUGCAACGAUAGGUGUGGGAUUAUCAGAUGAAACGAUCAGUGAGUGGCAGCUUCCCACCCAGUGGAGGAGUAUGUCCUGAGGUUCAAGCUUGUCAGAGAAGCCCGCCGAGUUUGAGCUGCGAGUUUCAGGGUGGGUUCAGCUACCCCUCUCUCCUUGACUCUCUAAAGACCCCUUUUCUGUUUGCUCUGGGUUAGGUGAUUGCUGCACGUUGGAGGCUGAUACCUCGUUACUGAAGCCAUGAGUUCACCAGCCUAACCAACCCUCUGAGCGCAGAUUUCCGAAGCAGACUGACAAACACAAGAACUGUACUGUAGCAAAAGGUGCUUGGGACUCAAUGUUCAUCCAUUGAGGGGACUAGUGUGGGAAGCCUGUGUGGCCAUCCAGGGCAUCUGCAGCAGGAAUUAAGGCUGCCACUAUCUGCAAAAUGAGCGGAUUGCAAAGAGAAAGCUUCCAGCAUCUGGAGCUUGCAGGCAGCCAGAUGUGGCCAGCAGAGCUGCGGCUAUGCAGGCUUUGUGGCGGGAGCCUUCGUGAAGUUUUCUGCAUGUCACUAACCAUUAAUUGUGUGAUUCUGCUAAUGUAUGAAAGCCAUUUCUGCAUGUGUGUUUGGGGUGUUUAGGGUGGGAGGGUGGUGGGUUGCUUUUUUGAGAAGGAUAAGGGGGGCAGUGGGUUUUAUUAUAUUCCAGAUGUGCAAAGGCCUUCCUACUCAGUCAGGUGAACCCACUGCACUGGCUCAUUCAGGGAUGUCUCAAGCUGCUGGAAGUGAGGCAGGCUGGAAAUGCCCCCUUAUGGGAGGUUGUGCCUGGAAACAGGGUGCUGUAGGGCUGGCAAUGGCCUCCUCAGGCUGCUGGAAAGUCAAAGCAGAAAUUUCACUAUCAGGCUCCAGGUCCUGGGGAUUGCAUAUCAGAAUUUCCAUUCUUAUGCGGUAUGUAGAAGUAGUUCAGCAGCACCCGCUCAGGCUCCUCACCCUCUCUAACUGCUGUCUACAGGAUGGAGCAGGUGUGAUAAAAGUGUAAUGGCACCUGGUGGCAUCAUCCUCUGACCAGCAUGUUGCUGGCAAUUUUGAUUUGUCCAACAAGGGGUGCUUUCUGCCAGGGUCUCUGGCAACAUGUAUGCAACACUGCUGGACCCACACUGGCACUGCCAGUCAAAAAUGCAAAGCUCAGCCACGGAUCUUUAAAAAAGGUGCUAUGCAUACAGAGAUGAAGCCAUUUUCCUGAAUAUGAAAUUGUGCCCCAGUGAGUGGCCAGCACUGCUGCGCCAGCCAUUUUUCCACAGAGACCAACUAACUCAUGUCUUUACUUGUAGCAGAUCCCGAAGAUUAUGGAGAGUUUUUGUACAGGGAUAUAUCAAAGAAUAUGCAUUUCAAGGGCAUCACAGGAAACUGGCAUACAUAAAGCAGUGGGGCCAUCAGGUAAAACAACAACCAAAUAAGGGCACGCACAUGCAUGAAGAAGCAUGAAUAAGCAAGAAAAAGGAGUAUACACACACACAUAUAUUGAUCAUCCAAAUUUGAAAAAAAGUAUAUAAUUUUUGUUCUUUUUGAAGAAAAGCAGUUUUAUUUGAAUAAUGGAGACAACCACAAGUUUGAUGCCAGUUUUUACAGGGUGGCACAGUGGUUAAGAGAGAGCUCCUGGGACUUGGGUUCAAUAGUGUUUGAUUUCCCCGCUUUGUUCAAACUACUUUUUACUUUAAUUUAUAUUUUUAAGUAAAAUGCAGCUUAGAGAUACAGCAGCAGCACAGUGGUUAGUGCUGCUGUUUCAUGGAUCCAGGUCCCCUGGUUCAAAUCCUGCACCAAGAUAUAUUGUCCAUGUGGAGGUUGCACAUUCUCACUGUGUUUACAUGGGAUUUCCUUCUACAUUCCCAAUGUAAUGCAGAAUACAUUAACUGGCAAUUUCAAAUUUUCCAAGUGUAUAUGUAGGUGUGUAUGACCAGUACAAGUGACUGAAAGGUGCCCUGUUAAGGACCAUUUCCCUUCCUUCUGACCCGUGCUACUAGGAUAAGCUCUGACCCCUGAAUUAGAUUAAGUGGGUCUGGAAAUGCUAUGUUAUUCUUAGGUAGGUAAGUUGCCUUACAGCUCCUCUAGCUUGGGUUCAAUAUCCAAGUCCCAGUUUCUAUUAUCUCUUUGCAGUUUUUCUCUCCAACCAACCCCACAUACAACCCACACCCUUUCUCUACAACAUAACUUUGAUGCUAUAGAUCAGUUUUUGGAGUCACAUUCAUGUGGGUGACAGGUUGGUUCAGUGGUUAGCACUAUUGCUGGACUUUGGUUCUAAAUGAAAUUCACUUGCUGUCUUUGGGGAGCUUUGCCUUUACUCCAUUUGCACACAUUAUCUAUUUUUUUGGCCACUUGAUAAGAUCCUGCAUCAGAAUUGCAGGACUUGGUAUCAAAACCCAGGCUAAACAUCCAUCCAUCCAUUUUCCAACCCGCUGAAUCCGAACACAGGGUCAUGGGGGUCUGCUGGAGCCAAUCCCAGCCAACACAGGGCACAAGGCAGGAACCAAUCCCGGGCAGAGUGCCAACCCACCGCAACAGGCUAAACAUUC